UCUCUAUCUUUCUGUGGUCUGGGUCUGGGCCUUGGUUUUUAUUUAAUAAUUUAUUGACUUUACAGUACAUUAUAUAGAUUGGAUCUCAGCCAGCCUCAUCAUCCAUACUCAUAAUUCUCCUCACUUUCAUUCUCAUCAGAUCUCUCUCCACACACGAGUGGCCAAAACUGAGAAUUAAUGGCGCAUAUUGUGCUACAUGGAACGCUCCACGCUACGAUCUAUGAGGUCGAUAAGCUCCGAGGUAGAGGUGGCAAUUUCUUAAGCAAGGUUUUCGGACACAUAGAAGAGAAAGUUGGUUUUGGCAAAGGAAUUACCAAGCUCUAUGCGACUAUUGACUUGGAGAAGGCUAGGGUUGGAAGGACCAGACUUCUGGAGAAUGAAGAAUCUAAUCCUAGGUGGUACGAGUCUUUUCACAUUUACUGUGCUCAUACGGCUUCAAAUGUUAUAUUCACAGUCAAGGAUGAUAAUCCCAUUGGAGCAACUUUAAUUGGAAGAGCAUAUGUACCUGUUCAGGAUAUUUUGGAUGGGGAAGAAGUUGAUAGAUGGGUUGAAAUAUUGGAUGAAAACAAAAACCCCAUUCAUGAAGGUUCUAAGAUUCACGUCAAACUUCAAUACUUUGAAGUUACAAAGGACCCCAACUGGGGACGUGGUAUUAGAAGUAUCAAAUUUCCUGGAGUUCCGUAUACAUAUUACUCCCAGAGACAGGGAUGCAAGGUAUCUCUAUACCAGGAUGCUCAUGUCCCAGAUAAUUUUGUUCCCAGAAUCCCUCUUGCUUCUGGAAAGAAUUAUGAGCCCCACAGAUGUUGGGAAGACAUCUUUGAUGCAAUCAACAAUGCUAAGCACUUGAUCUACAUCACUGGCUGGUCUGUUUAUACUGGAUUUGCUUUGAUUAGAGACUCAAGGAGGCCAAAGCCAGGUGGAGACAUUACAUUGGGAGAUUUGCUAAAGAAGAAGGCAAGUGAAGGUGUUAGAGUUCUUAUGCUUGUCUGGGAUGACAGAACCUCCAUUGAUGUACUUAAAAAAGAUGGACUGAUGGCCACCCAUGAUGAGGAAACUGAAAACUUUUUCCAGGGUUCUGAUGUGCACUGUAUAUUGUGCCCCCGUAAUCCUGACGACGGUGGAAGUUUUAUUCAGGACUUUCAAAUUUCUACUAUGUUCACUCAUCACCAGAAGAUUGUGGUGGUUGACAGUGAGUUGCCUGGUGUAGGAGGAUCAGAGAAAAGGAGAAUUGUAAGUUUUGUUGGAGGGAUCGAUUUGUGUGAUGGGAGAUACGAUACUGCCUUCCAUUCACUGUUUAGGACAUUAGACACUGUGCACCAUGAUGAUUUCCACCAGCCUAACUUCGAGGGGGCAGCAAUCAAUAAAGGUGGUCCCAGAGAGCCUUGGCAUGAUAUCCACUCUCGGCUAGAAGGGCCCAUUGCUUGGGAUGUCUUGUAUAAUUUUGAACAGAGAUGGAGAAAGCAAGGUGGAAAGGAUUUCCUCCUCUCACUCAGAGAGCUUGAUGAUGUUUUCAUUCCCCCAUCUCCCGUCAUGUUUCCAGAUGAUCGUGAAACUUGGAAUGUUCAGUUAUUUAGAUCUAUUGAUGGAGGAGCUGCUUUUGGCUUCCCUGAAACUCCCGAAGAAGCAGCCAAAGCUGGACUUGUCAGUGGUAAGGAUAACAUUAUUGACCGAAGCAUCCAGGAUGCUUAUAUCAAUGCCAUCCGACGUGCAAAGAACUUCAUAUAUAUUGAAAAUCAGUAUUUCCUUGGAAGCUCUUAUGCAUGGGCUCCUGAGAAUAUUAAGCCAGAGGACAUUGGUGCUUUGCAUGUGAUUCCAAGGGAGCUUUCAAUGAAAAUUGUCAGCAAGAUUGAAGCAGGGGAGAAGUUUACUGUCUAUGUUGUUGUCCCAAUGUGGCCAGAGGGAUUCCCAGAGAGUGGAUCCGUUCAGGCAAUAUUAGACUGGCAGAGGAGGACAAUGGAGAUGAUGUACAAGGAUAUUAUUCAAGCACUAAAAGCUAAGGGCCUUGAGGAGAAUCCUAGGAACUACUUGACAUUCUUCUGCCUUGGAAAUAGGGAGGUAAAGAAGCCAGGAGAAUAUGAACCCUCAGAAAGACCAGAUGAAGGUACAGAUUAUGCAAGGGCUCAGGCAGCCCGACGCUUCAUGAUAUAUGUUCAUACCAAGAUGAUGAUUGUUGAUGAUGAAUACAUUAUCAUUGGAUCGGCCAACAUCAACCAGAGGUCAAUGGACGGCGCCAGGGACUCUGAGAUCGCUAUGGGAGGCUACCAACCUCAUCAUUUGUCAAACCGCGUGCCAGCUCGUGGUCAGAUCCAUGGCUUCCGUAUGAGCCUAUGGUAUGAGCACCUUGGCAUGCUAGAUGAGGCCUUCCUCCAGCCAGAAUCAGAGGAGUGUGUGGAGAAGGUAAACCAGAUUGCUGACAAAUACUGGGACUUGUAUUCAAGUGAGACACUCGAACAUGAUCUGCCAGGACAUCUGCUCCGAUAUCCCAUUGGGAUUUCUAGUGAAGGACAAAUCACAGAGCUGCCAGGCUUUGAACAUUUCCCAGACACCAAGGCUCGUGUGCUAGGAACCAAAUCUGACUACUUGCCUCCAAUUCUCACUACUUAAGUGUGUGGUGUCUUACUCUGCCUGAGUUUUGAGUUUAUGUGAGAAUAAUAAUAAUAAUUAUAAUAGCCUUGUUAGCUUGUGUGUUUGUUUGGUCUCACCAGCAGGAGAAUAAUGGUCAAUCAGCUGAAAGUGGGUACUUGUGUUUAGUGUUUUGAGUCAUAGCAGGUUUAUCAUUAUGUGGUAUAUUGCUGUGGUGUAUUUCUAACUGGCUUGCAUGGAUUUUAAUAUAAUGCUAUGGGCGCCAAUUUACAA